UGUGAGAGAGAGAGAGAGAGCGCGAGGUGUGUGUGUAGGCGCGAACGCGCGCGUAAUCCAGCGGUCCGCUCAGGGAGGAAGUCACUGUUUACUUUUUUUCUCCAAGAUUAACGUAAACCAGGUGGGCCCUCCUAUCUAACGGGACAGGCGCGCUCUGUGCCUAUAUGCUACCCUUCUCCGGUCGGGAAUGGCUGAAGUCGUGUUAUGAAUGCAGUGUUGGUUAAUUCGUCAGGAAAAGCUAUACGUUUUUCUUCUCUGCGCAGUUUUUGGAGUAGCCGAAAGUUUUUCUGACAGCGGACGAAGGAGGCGUAGGCUAUGAGACUUCACCACAGUCAUGCGGUUUCGCUACACGGAGUGUUUUUAAUCAACCGAGGGGCACACUACUCUGAAGGAGGGCAAAAGGAAACUUCUUCCAAACGCAGAUUUUCUCAAAACCACUAGUGCUUACUUGGUCAACUGGAGUUUCUCUCUUUGGGCUGGUUUUCAAAAGCUUCCUCGUAAAAGUUUUCGCUUCCCACUCUCGACUAAUAGAUCAGUGGACGGCAGACGAUGUAGCAUUUUACCCCUUUUUGACCCUAUAGCUGCUGUCGUGGUGAAACGCUUAAUGUCACGCAAACCUCCGCAGAUUCCUGAAGCGCGCAUUUACUGUUCAUUUCUCGACACCGCAGGAGCGCAACAGUCUGGCGUCUGGGAUGCGGCUGCCAAAUAAACAUCGCCAAUGGUACGCCCUGUGUCUUCAGUCAAGACGCUCUUUCUAAAAGCGGGGAUGCUCUUGCGACGGACCUGGACCCUCCGUCGCAGGUAUUGCACGGCUCCCCUGUUGCUCAUUGGAAUAGCAGUCUGUCUUCUUUACCAAAUGCUAAUGGUCGAUCGGAGUAGGUAUAAAACCGACGGCCCAAGUCCACAAGAGAGAAAUAGGUCUGGGAUGACCUUCCUGGAACCAGAGAAGCUCGUAUCAGCACUUGAUGCAUUUCAAGAUGACAAAGUCAGUUCCAAACACCGGAUUGGAGUAGCCAUUCUCUUGACCGGUCAGCUGGUUCCCACGGCAACAGAAGUCCAGUUGUACCAGAGGGUUCUGCAGCAGCACAGCUACUGGGUUGACCAGGCCCGCUACGCCGAGACCAGCAGCACCGUACGCCAAGACAAGAGAGAUGGCAGUGGAUGGAAUCUGCUGGUGUGUUUGAAGGGGUCAGAGAGAGGUUGCCUGCGUAAAAUCAGUUUUUCCAGUCUCCAUGCAAACCAGAGGGUCAACAUUAUUCCAGCACUUGUGGAAGCCUUCUCAGAAGUGGGCGGAGUCUGCAGGUUUCAGACAGACAGGCGAUUGGCUGGGUUGAAUAUUCCCAUAAUUCCCUCUGCCUGUAGAGAGGAGGGACCCCACCAGCUGAACUCCCACAGUUUAACAGGACAUGACUGGCACCCAUCCAUCCACCCUCCACUCUCCUCAGCCAAUCAACACGCUGUUGCCAUGGUGAAUGUUUACGUUCUGGUUUCCUCCGUGCGGCCGCUCUCAGCGUUCUUCCAUCACACGGGGCUGGUGAGGUCACGCGGGGACAGAUAUGGCCAUGUGGCUGAGCUGCAGCUUUUCUUCCUGGAGCGUCUGGGUGCGGCUGACUCGCGGCAAGCUCUGGCUCAGAUGCGCCGAGUGGUCAGUGAUGUCCUGCUGGCAGCGACCCUGACCAAUGAGCAGGCCAGCUCUCGGCACAGUUGCAAGCUGUGUUUCCAGUGGCUGACUUUCACACUGAGUUUCAACGCCUCUCUCUCUGCUGUGGUAGUGAAGGUCCAGACCGACUUACACUUUCAGGGGCUGAGGGACCCAGGUUUUGAUGGACAGAUCAGGAAGGAGUUGAUCCUGGAGGACGGGUUGCACUUCCUGUUCGAGACCCAUCGCAUGCAGGAGAAUGUGUUGCGAUCGGUGGAGCCAGCACAGGCAGACCUGAGACAGCAGUAUGGUGGCUGUGAGUGGACAAACAGUCUUUGUUUACCCCCGGAUGAUCUUCUGCUGCUGAUCCAGUUUCAACGCCAGCUCAAGAGGCCGGGACCAUUUGAAGUGCUACAUCCUCAGGCCUCCUCUAAAUCUUCACCCCUCCACUGGCUCCAUCUCCGCAGACUGAAACUCCCAGAGAAUUCUGGGAAGGAAUCAGAGUUAUCUUCGUUGUUUCAACAACUUCUGGAGUAUCACCAGAAAGCCAAGAUGCAGAGCACGGACAGUCCGAAGAGUUCUGCUGGACUGGGAUCUGGACAAGACUCCCAAGACCCAUCAGGAGGUGAAGGUAGGUGUGUGGACCCCCACCUCCGGCAGCUGUACACAGACCCCCCCCUGGUUCUGAGCCCGCAGUUCGACCCUUGGCUUAAGGAGUACCGGGCAGAGGUGCCGUUCGACACCGUGAUGGUCCGGCUCCGUCCGGAACCCGUCAGCCAAUUCUGCCACGUGCACCUGGAUGAGCAGCGUGGGCCCAGAAUUGUAAACUACCCCGUGGGCCUGGGCAACAGCAAAAUCAACAUUCUGGUUAUGGAUGAAUCCGAGGCUGAACCCGUCGUCAUGACGAUAUACACUCUCCACAUAUUCCGAGAGAACAGGCCGAGCCUGCCUAUGUUUGCCGACUAUGUGAUGUGCGGCUUUGUACAGGACUGCGGCCUGAUCGUCCGGCCGGACCAACCCUGCGGUCUGGAGCCCCUGCGUGGGGUGAGGUCUUCAGGCGAGUCCCAGGCUCCAGAUCGGCCUCCAUGCUCCUCAGGAGACAUGCCUGGUCGUUGGGUGGUCCCCUGUUUGAGCUGUUCUGAUAACAGGACGUGUGAUUGGCGGGAGGUUGCCUGGCGACCAGACAGCUGUUACCACCCAGUGCUGGACCAGCCACAGCUGCAGCAAUGCAUGAUGGACCGCAAGAUGCUGUUCAUGGGUGACUCGACCAACCGCGGGAUGAUGUACUACCUGAUGGAGCGGGUGAACGAGACGCUGCAGGACUGGGACAAGACGCACGACACGGUGCUCUACCACAACCUCAACCAUGGACACACACCCUUCAGCUACAGCUACUACCCUCAGUUCUGGCUGGAGCAGAGCCACAGGCCCACCUUCCAAAGGGCACUGGAGCAGCUCAUCCAGAGAUCUCGCCCUCUGGUAAACUCCCAACAGACCGUCCUGGUUGUUGGGGGCGUCCAGUGGCUCAACACCAACCAUAUCAGGACCGUCCAGCAAGUUCUAAAGAGAGAGAAUCUGCAGGACAUCAUGGUGGUGGUGAAAUCUCUGGGCAUGGGUUUCCAUCUUGCUGUCGACGGCAUUCGCUCGCUCUCUCUGGCUCGCGUACAACAACUGGACCAUGUGAACCGGGACGUUCUCACCGAAGCAAAGCAUGCUGGGUACGAGGUGGUGGACACGUUAAGCAUCACCAUGGGACGGUACAAGGAGUACCUGCAGGGGAGGUGUGCCUGCCACUUUCACGAGGUGGCAAAGCCCUCAUAUUCAGCCCCUCAGCACAGCCUUCUGCAGAUGCUACGGCAGGAUGGAGACUCUGGAAGCAAAUCUGGAACCGGAACCGGAGCAGGUGAUCAGGUGGACCUGCAGGACUCUCAGUGGCCCUCGUCCAAUACCACGUACCACGUCAGGGGCCCGGUGAACCAGGUCUACUCCGAGAUCCUACUCAGUAGACUGUGUGCUCGGGACAGGGGAAACAAAACCACGCCACACAGAUGAAGGACAGGGGCUGUGUGUGUGUGUGUGUGUGUGUGUGUGUGUGUGUGUGUGUGUGUGUGUGUGUGUGUGUGUGUUACUACUGGCUUAAAAUAGUAACAAAAACACAGGGAGAGACUCCAACCAUGUUGAAAUGCCUAGGUGUUUAUUUCAUACCAUACAUGUUUGCAAAACAGAGUAUCAAACAAAUGGAAUACCAAGCACACGCCUCCCCUGCAUCAUGCCUGGGCACGGGCCCUCUACAUGCCAUACAGUAUGUUUGACACAUCAAGUGCAGGGUCUUGAACAGAUAAGACUGAAACAAUGUGUGUGUGUGUUUGCAUUUGUGUCUGUCUGUCUCAUUAUGUUUGUUGUUUGUCUGUUUGAUCAUUUAGCAUUUUGUUUGUCGUGUGUGUGUGUGUGUGUGUGUGUGUGUGUGUGUGUGUGUGUGUGAAGAGGGAACAUCCCUGGAUCCAUGUGUGAAGAAACUACUUCACAAACAGUUUUGCCUUCAGAGAUUCCUCUUCCAGAAUGCCUUUUAGAAAUCCAUGAAAUAUUAUCAUCCAUCAAAACCAUCAGAUGCAGACAGGCCACAUGUUGAGCUUCACAGCCAGACAAUCUACUUCUGGUGGUGGAUAAAAGGGUGUGGAAGGUGAGGGGCAAAGAGGAUUUUCAUGUGUGUGUGGAGGGGGGGUCUCCAGAUGGCGACUGGGUGCGCUGUCUACCCCCCCCCCUGAUAUCCUGCCAAAAACGGACUGCUGCAGCUGUAGCCGCGAAGGGGCCAAUUACUUGUGGAGCUGCGGUGCACAUCAAGAGGAAAAGGAGAGCCGAGAGAGAGACGGCUGGCCGAACGUUCCGACAACGUCCCGACGAACUUUCCAACCAAACGUUCUCUGCGCUCUAGCCAUCCGUCGCAUAUUAGCAGGAUGUCUUGGAGAGUUUUUACAGCGGUGCCUUUGAUGUCGCCAAUCCUGUAGACACUUUCGUGAAAGCUGGAUGUAUUUUCCUUCCUUGUGUCAAAUGUACAAGUUUGUUCUCUAAGGUACUUCAAACCAAAGGUCUUAUACAGAUGGAAUGCUUUUAUAAUUAUUGUCAAAGUAUGAACAAUAUAAAUAUUUCUAUAUUUUUCUACAGAUGUAUUGCCCAUGCCUUUGAUCCGUUUUAUAUAAAGCCUUGUGUUUACACGGAGGAUGUCUGUAUGUAUAUAAUUUGUUGGUGGAUUAUUAUGCAGGUUCUAACUUAAGAAUUGAUAACAUGCCUGAAACUGUUCUGUUUGAUUUCAGCGCGUAGCCUAUCAGGCAGUGAUCCUGAGACAUAUCAAUCUACAAUCUUCUAGGCUUCAUUCUUAUAAAAAAAGAACAUAUUUUGUAACUUUCCUGCUGCACCCAUUUUGCCCUGUCUAUGUAUAAGCUAUUUCCUGUUCUGUCUGAGUGAGAUAUUCUCACGUCGCUGGACUUUCAGGCCAAGCCUUAUUCGAUCCUUGGAGUUCAUUUUCGGCGUCAGGUGUGUUUGUUGUACUACGAUGUAGGCCUCCCUGUCAGAAUGUUCACUGUGAUUGGAUGGGUGUCUGUUGUGGUUUAGAAUGCCAUCAUUGGUCCGUGAGACCGGGGUUUUACCAAGUAGCAGCCUAUAUGCCUAGCCUAAUUAUUUUCAAAUUCCAUUUGGAUAAAGGCUGCUAUAGGAUCUCAGUAGGAUUGUGUUAUUGAAAGACAUUAUACAUGUAUUCUGCGUUAAUGUACAGAACGUUUUAUUCUUAUAUUAAAUUAUUCUAUUUCUUUUA